UAUAAAUUUUAUUUGUUAAUCUAGUCUAGUUAAAUAAAUGAUUAAAAAUUUUAUUUAAAUAUAAAGGAAAAAAAAAAUUAAAUUAUAUUUUAAAAAAUGACUUAUCAAAGUGUUGUAAAUAUGAUAAGUGGUAAAAGAUUAUCAUAUUGUCUUUUAGCUGGUGCAAUUAGAUUUUUUUUAAUGAAUUCAGAAUUUCAAAAAAUAAUAAGUGAUCGUGUUGAAGUAUCAACAGCCUUGAAUUCUUGGAAAAGAGUUACGGAAGGAGUUUAUUUAAGAAAUUCAGGAAUUGAUCCAUAUGCUGGUGAUUUAUUUCAUGAAACACCAUUGAUUUUAUUGGCCUUCACCUACAUGCAUAAAUACUUGUCAAUUUGGGCAAUAAAAUUACUGUUUGUUUUAGCUGAUUUAUUAACAUCUUGGUUACUUUAUUUAACAGCAAAACACUAUGUCAUUGAGCUGGCUAAAAAUGAGCAUGAAGAAAUAAAAGAACGUAAAAAUGAAGAAAUAUCAUAUACACCAAUUGAAAGUACAGCUAAAACAACAAUUCUAUAUGUACCAGCAGCAUAUUUAUUUAAUCCAUAUAUUGUAUUAAAUUGUGUUGGAUUAACAACAACAGUAUUUACAAAUUUAUUAUUUGCAGCAACAUUAUAUUCAAUGAUAAAGCGUUGGAAAAUAAGUUGUUGUAUUCUCAUAUCAUUUUUAACACUUCAAGGAUUAUAUCAAAUUUCAUUAAUGGUACCAGCAACAAUUUACAUUGUCAAAGAUAUCAAUGUUAAAUCAAGUAUUAUUAAAACAACAAUAACAAUGAUUAGUUUAUUCAUUGGAAUAAUUGGAUCAUUAUUAUAUUUAUCAUAUUUAAUAAUGGGAAAUUGGAAUUUCAUUGGAAAUACCAUUGGAUUUAUACUAACUGUACCAGAUUUACGACCAAAUAUUGGCUUAUAUUGGUAUUUUUUUACUGAAAUGUUUGAACAUUUUAGAUGGUUAUUUAUUGCAUCAUUUCAAAUUAAUGUUGGAUUAUUAUAUAUUGUACCACUUGCAUUAAGAUUAAGAAAAGAUCCAAUGUUACUUGCAUUUACAUAUUUAGCUAUUGGUGCUAUAUUCAAAUCAUAUCCUUCAAUUGGUGAUGUUGGAUUUUAUGUUGCAUUAUUACCACUUUGGCAACAUUUAUUUCAACAUAUGCAACAAGUAUUUGUUUUUGGAUGUUUUGGAUUAUUUUGUACUGUAUUUGCACCAACAGUAUGGCAUCAAUGGAUAUAUUCUAGAUCAGCAAAUGCAAAUUUUUAUUUUGGUGCAACUUUGGCAUUUGCAACAGCACAAAUAUUUUUAUUAACUGAUAUAUUAUUUGCAAGUGUUAAACGUGAACUUGCUCUUAAACAUGGUCUAUCAUGGGAAGUUAAUGGUAACAAAGCCAAAGUUUUACUUGAAUAAUUAUCAUUUAAAAAUAAAAAAUUUCACCUCAAAUUAAAUUA